AGUUUCAUCUCCAGGAAUUCAGCAUAACUAGUUUUGUCAGGGCUGAGCCUCCAGUGCCAGCCUGAGGGGAGAUGAGGGACUGUGCCAAUGGAGCAGAAACACACCAGAGCAAGGGGGAAUUGCUGUCGCUCAGAGAAAGUCUCAGCGGAAGCCUUAGGACAAGACUUAUAUGCAUUACGAUGUAUUUAAAUUUGAUUGGUUGGCAACUGAAUUCUAGAAAGUUCUCUAGUAGCUCAAUUGUGAUUAGCUAACGUUGGUCACGUGGAAGGUAAUCUAGUGAAGGAGAGACUCGAUUUUAUGUGAAACAAGAUGAAUGUGUUUUAGAAUCCAGUUCCCAGGAUACUUGAGGACGCGCAAAAGGCCAGUUUUGGUUCUUCAGAAUGAAACGCUCUACUCCCAGAGGCGACCCUACACCAGCGAGGAUGAAGCUUGGAAGUCCUUUCUCGAAAACCCUCUUACAGCAGCUACCAAAGCCAUGAUGAGCAUCAAUGGGGAUGAGGACAGCGCUGCUGCCUUGGGACUGUUGUAUGACUAUUACAAGGUUCCCCGGGAAAGGAGAACGUCAGCAGUGAAACCAGAUGUAGAUCAUUCUGACCAAGAACAUGGCAAAAGGAACUGUAUACCGAACAUGGCGGAACAGUCGCUCAUUUCUGCUGGGGAAAACCGAGUGCAAGUCUUGAAAAACAUGCCUUUGAAUAUCGUUCUUCCGCACACUUCCCAGAUGGGUGUUGACAAGAGGGGCCACCUGACGACUCCGGACACGACUGUCACGGUCUCCAUCGCAUCCAUGCCCACCCAUUCGAUCAAGACGGAAACUCAGCCGCACAGCUUUACAGUGGGCAUCCCUCCAGCUGUUUAUCACCCAGAGCCACCUGAGCGGGUGGUGGUUUUAGACAGGAGCCUGAGUGCUGACCAGUUUAGCUCCAGCACCCAGCCUCAGAAUUCCCAGCGCCGUACUCCAGAUUCCACCUUCUCAGAGUCUUUCAAAGAAGGCGUGCAAGAGGUUUUCUUUCCUGCCGAACUGAACCUCCGGAUGGCCGGCAUGAAUUCUGAAGACUACGUGUUUGAAAGCAUUGCUGGGAACAACUUCGAAUACACACUGGAAGCUUCUAAAUCGCUUCGGCAGAAGCCCGGAGAUAAUACAAUGACGUAUUUAAACAAGGGCCAGUUCUAUCCCAUUACACUGAAGGAGAUGAGUGGUGGUGAAGGAAUCCAUCAGCCCAUCAGUAAAGUUCGAAGUGUCAUCAUGGUUGUAUUUGCCGAAGACAAAACCAGAGAGGAUCAACUCCGGCACUGGAAGUACUGGCACUCUCGGCAGCACACAGCCAAACAAAGGUGCAUUGACAUAGCUGACUACAAGGAAAGCUUCAACACGAUCAGUAACAUUGAAGAGAUAGCCUAUAACGCCAUUUCCUUUACUUGGGACAUCAAUGACGAAGCAAAGGUCUUCAUUGCCGUAAACUGCCUCAGCACAGACUUCUCAUCUCAGAAAGGUGUCAAAGGGCUUCCUCUGAAUCUUCAGAUUGACACCUACAGCUACAACAACAGGAGCAACAAGCCAGUCCACAGAGCUUACUGCCAGAUUAAAGUCUUCUGUGACAAGGGGGCAGAGAGGAAGAUCAGAGAUGAAGAACGAAAACAAAGCAAAAGAAAAGGCAAGUGUACUGACCCCAGCUCCCAGCUGAAUGCCUUUUCUGACGUCAAAGUGCCGCUGCUUCCGUCCCACAAGCGUACAGAUAUCACUAUCUUCAAGCCGUUCAUGGACCUUGAUACUCAGCCAGUUCUCUUCAUACCUGAUGUUCACUAUUCCAAUCUUCAGCGGGGAGCUCAUGUCUUUCCUGUUGCAUCUGAAGAACUGGAGGGCGAAGGCUCUGCCAUGAAGAGGGGGCCUUAUAUCAAUGAAGAUGAUUUUGCUGCCACCCCGGUUAAGCUGUCUCGAAUAGAAGAACCCAAGAGAGUGUUGCUGUAUGUUCGAAAGGAAUCGGAAGAAGUCUUUGAUGCACUUAUGCUCAAGAGUCCAUCUCUGAAGGGUCUAAUGGAAGCUAUAUCUGACAAAUACGAUGUCCCUUUGGAUAAAAUUGGGAAAGUCUUCAAGAAAUGUAAAAAAGGCAUCUUGGUGAAUAUGGACGAUAACAUUGUGAAGCACUAUUCCAACGAGGAUACUUUCCAGUUACAGAUUGAAGAGGCGGCUGGAUCUUACAAGCUCACUCUCACCGAGAUCUAAAACCAAGCUCGUUGGGGCCUCUUGCGGGGCUUUUAAAUGAAGGUGGUGAAUGCAAAACCUCUCAUGACUUUUGUCCUCAGGAUUUAAAUGUGUCUCUAGGGAAGAAGCCAUUUGUUCUUCCAGGGAAGAGUAUAUUUUGGCUGUUGUUUAACAGUGCUUCCAACAUUUCUGUCCUCUUGGGAGCAACGCUGCACUUGGAAUAGAUAGACAAAAGACAAUGAAUUGGAAUUCCAAGAAACACACCCCAGAAUAUUUUUACUAAAGCACUAUGCAGUUACCUGCAUAUCCCCUUUGCUUAUUAAAUGUGUAUGUGUUUCUUCAUCAGCUUAGAGUCUCUUACUAGGCUCCCCCCCCC